CUUUCUUUUCACAACUUUUAGCUACUCCGAAAAAAGUAAUUAUGGGAGUGAAAGGCAAGUUGAUUGCUUCAGUAGAGGUGAAGUGUGGAGGACAUUUAGUUCAUGAUAUUAUUCACACUAAUACUCAUCAUUUACCUAAUAUAUGCCCGGGUAAGCUCCACGGUUUUGAGAUUCAUGAAGGUGGAACUGUAAAGGUUGGUUCGGUAGUUAGCUGGAAAUAUAACGACGAUGGAAAAGAUAAGAUUGCUAAGCAAGUGAUUGAAGCGAUCGAUCAUCAGAAGAAAUCAAUCACUUGGAAAGUGAUUGGAGGAGAUCUAUUAGAGUUGUACAAUUCUUUCACUAUUAUUUCAUCCAAUGAUCACCAAUGGACUACAUGGACAUUUGUGUACGAGAAGAAAACUGAAGACGUCCCAGAGCCUCUCGUUCUCUUAGGUUUAGCCCUUGGUGUGACCAAAGAUAUCGAGUGUCACCUUCUCAAGUAAUAGAAAAUCUAUGCUAUUCAGUGGCUCAUAGCCAUAUAUUUGGCAAUAUUGGCUGCUAGUUAUUAUAACUAGCCUGUGAAAUAAAUAAUGUUGUGUAUGAAGAAAAUAUUAUAUAUAUGCCACUCUCCUCCUAUGGAUGUAUUCCUGAUGGUCAAUAUAUAUGUUAAGAUAUUAUGUAUUUUGCAAGUUUGAUAUUUACUUUUAACAAUGACGAUAUA